AUUAUAUCACAUGACUAGUAACUUCGCCAUCUUGACCGUUCAACCGAGUUAGCGCUUUUUGAACUUGUUAGUUGUCUGCCUUGCUUUUUCUUUCGAAACAUGUGGUAAUUUCAAAAGCUGUUUACAUUGACAACAUAUUGCUUAGAUAGAUAUAAAUCAGAAAUCAUGUGUCAGUGACACUAGGCUGAUUCUAAAUUCAACCAUGUCAUGAAAGAACUAUAUAUCCAUGGCCACAGAUGUCAAUGAAAUUAAUGACAGUUCCAAAACAUGGGAGUCUGCUCUGGUUUCAGAAAAAGCAAAUGCUCUCAGCGCUGCUGAUAACCAAGAUCACACUACCUCUUCAGAAAAUAUUUUUGAUCAAAAUUUUAUAGUCGUCAACAAUAAUGGGGACAUAAACUUAGAAGGGCUUGACCCAUCUCUGCUGAAAUGUGUCAAGGAGGUUCUUGAGGACCUUGAAAGGCAGCAGUCGUCAUCACAGGGCACAUCCAAUGGUGAUUCAGAGCCUGUAACAACUUAUAUCAUUAACUUAAGCAACUUUGAAGAACCUAAUGUCUCAUGUAGUAGAAAUGAGACUUCUUCAGAUAACGUUGUCAUGCAGAAUUAUUCAGAGUCUAAGUCAGAGGAAAAUAAGACUAGUGGAGAGACAGACUUGAAUACACCUAAUAUUUCAGUGGAACAAAAUAUAACCCUAUUAGAUAAUCCAGAUAGAAAAGAUGGUUCACCAAGUGUCUUUAAAUCUGAAACCACUAUUAAAACAUCUUCAAUUACCUCCAAAAUCAAAACACUACCGUUUGCUGGAACUAGUGUCACCCAGUCCAGUCAGCAUUCCACAACAGAGUUAGAUACAAAAAUGUCAGGCAAAAUUAUACAGCCAUCUGUUGUGGUAGAAGACAGUGCAUUGUCUGAUCCAGUCGUAACUGUUUAUGUGACUUCAUCUGACCAGGUUCCAGACACUGUAAAAAGUUCCUCCACCAUUACUGUUUUGUCAUCCACAGAGAGUGCAGAUAACCUUGAAGAUAAAUCCCCAGUAAGAAAUAUCCAGUCACUCGAGCACAAACUCUCAGGAAUCUGUAGCAAUGACAGUUCCUGUGACAGUUUUCCUUCUACAACUUCCUCAGUGUCAGAAUCUAUGUUAUACAAAUGCUCAGAGUGUGAGUAUUCUAGCCAUAACAAGCAUUAUUACAAGCAACAUGUAGACCUUGUGCAUAGAGAAGAUCGGCCCUACAAAUGCCCUCACUGUGACUAUGCUGGUAAACGUCGCCACGCUCUCCUGGAACAUAUGGUUGUCCAUUCCAAUCAGAGACCUUUCAUAUGUGGGCACUGCAAUGCUAGUUUUAGAAAAAAGGGUCAUCUAACUAACCACAUCAAACUACACACUAGCCAAAAGCUUGUUCAUUGUGGUGUCUGUAACAUCCAACUCCCUGACACAGAAGCUUUUGAGACACAUUUGCGUAAGAUUCACAACACAGAUCGGCUGUUUAAAUGUAAACUAUGUGACCACACUGUUAUAGACAGGGAAGUGAUGCUGCGUCAUUUGCAGACUCACAAUGAGGCUUCUGUUUAUUCUUGCCCUAACUGUGAUUGUGUCCUUGAGAGUGAAGAAAGUUUGAUUUCCCAUAUGACUAAUGUGCAUAAUUUCCAUUUAGUGAAAGGAGCAGAGGGGAAACAGAAUGGUCUGAAAGUAGAUGAAAGUGUCAAAAGUAACAGUGAAAUAAUUAAGCCUAGUACACCAUUGAUAACAAACAUGAUGUGUUCCGAGUGUGGCUUUAUUUGCUCUAGCAGUGAGAUAAUGCAAAAACACAUGUGGAUUCAUAUCAAGAAGAAAGCUUGCAAGCAAGAAUUCAUGAAUUCAAAUAUAGUAAAUCCAUCUUCAGAUACAUUGGUGGCUCCUUCUACUACUUUGGGUGUCCUCAAGAUGAAUGUUGACUCAGGUAAGAAAACUCUCCCAAAGGAUGUUGUCUACCAGUGUACAAGCUGUUCUUUUACCUCAAGCGAUAAUUCUGCCUUUAUUAAACACAUGCUUGCCCACAAGACUCAGCAGCGUGUGACAUCAGUAGACCAGUCCAAGCUAGAGGACUCUACCUCUGAACGGGGAGUGGUUACCUCAUCCAAACCCCAGUCAAGAUCUGCAGGGUAUCUUACCAAACAAGAAUCUCAGGAACAGAAGCAGAAUGAGUCAAGUGUGCCUUUUAUCUAUGACAAAGAGGCUGCAAGAUACCGCUGUAUCAUUUGUGGCUAUCAUUGUGAGUAUCAGAGGACAAUAAAAGCUCAUAUUUGGAAACAUUCAGGCCAUCAGAACAUAGAGUAUCCUAUUUUCGACCAAACCAGUACAACCAACAUAAAACCAGCUUCCACACUGAUACAAGCCUUAGUCAAUAAAGUCAACCCAAAAGAUGAUUACAGUAAAGGAGCGCCUCCAGUCAAUAGUGUUCAUCAUACUUUACCCAAUGUGCCAGGAAAUUCUGUCAAUUUAUUUCCUGUUAAUAUGCUCAGCAAAGGGGAGAAUAUCCAACUGAAAGACAUGAAAGGUUUACUUCCUUCUGAAAUCUGGAAGGCUACUAGUGCAAGUAGACUUCUAGGAAAUAUUGCUUCUUCAUCUCUUAAGUCUGAAUCUAAAAGCUCAAUUAACUGUUCAGGGUCAACAAAUAAUUCUUUUGUGCAUUCAUUCAACAGAGAAACAUCACAAAUUCAUGUCAUUAGUUCUGCAGAUGUUAGUCAAACUUUCUCGCCUGCAUCCUUUAAACUAUCAUCUGUUAAAGAUGAAUCGCCUCUAGUUAGUACAAUAAAAAAUGAAAUGUAUGAACAGGGAGAGUCUAUGAGUAGCAUUGAUGAAGGUUUUACUGAGCCCAGUGUCGUUGUAGAGGUCAUGGAUACUGUCUCUUCUGAGUCUGGACUAACUGGCAUGGCUAGCCAACAUGGCAGUCCUAGAAUACUAGACCUUGAUGGAAGUAGUGGAGAGACUAAAUUAAUUAAAGCUUUAGGUAAUGAGGACAAAACUUGGAAAAAGUCACUUAUAAAGACUGAGGCUGACAAUCUGCCUAUCCAGGCUCCAGAAGAGAGUUUUUCAGAAACCAAAAGCCAAAAGAGCUUUUCUGCUCAGCUUAGAUGUCCAAUAAGUGAUCAUCAAGUGCAAGACAUUCAUACUCAUCUGCCACUUUGUAAGCAAAAUAUUAAGACUAAGCAUCUUCAAGAAUCUCAGCUUGUUCAAACGGAAAUGGAUGUUGGUCAUGCUGAGGACACAGACUCUGCAGAGUCUUCAGAUGAGUUAUCCUCUUCUGGUGGAUUGUGUCAACAGCAGAAAUCUGGCAUUUGUUCUUCUUUGUUGGCUGUGAUAGAGCAGCUCAGGGAAAGGUCAAGGUCUGAGAGCGAAGAAGACAGGCAGGGAGAAUCGCCUGUAAAAAAAUCAGAAAUUAAAAAGAAUUGCCCUACAGAGCUAGACAUGGACUCUGUUGAUGAAUUACAGAACAUUGAGAAGAUUUUUGAAAGUGGGAGCGAGAAAUUCCGGUGCAGCUUGUGCCACUAUACUAGUCAAAGAAUUUGUAACAUUAAACUUCAUAUGAAAACCCAUAGGCAGAAGAAACCAUCAGAGUGUUCACUGUGUGAUUUCUCCUCUACUUCCUCUGAGGCAUUGCAACAACACAUGCUGAAACACUGUAAGAUCAGAACUUAUGCCUGCAAAUUCUGCCCUCAAAGCUUCAACCACAAAAGCACACUGAGGGCUCAUCUGAGAGCGCACAAGGACCAGGAGCCAUUUCUGUGUGCAUACUGUGUUUUUGAAACCACCAACCCAUUGGAGUACAGGGAGCACAUGCUAGUCCACUCAGGUUGCUCUUCUCGACUCAGGUGUCCAGGAUGUGAGCUUAUUCUUAAUAACAAAGAAGAGCUGACUGUUCACCUUCUGAAAUGUAAAGGUGGGGCUAAGAAAAGCAAGCCCUUGUUUAGCAUAAAUGAGAGAAAACUUGCUGACAAGGAUGUAGAUAAGGCAAAUAGUCAGAUUUCCCAGAAUGCUGUCAUCACCACUCAUGAAUGUGUUGUCAGUGGCUGCUCAUUCACAAGUCCAAGUAUACUCAAGCUACAUGAUCAUUUAUCAGUUCACUGCGACCCAUCUCUGCUGGUCUGUAAUCUGUGUGACUUUAAGGCUUUGCACAGCAGAAGUUUAAAGUCACACAUGAAGAGACAUUCCAAUGAUCAGAGAUAUGUUCAGCAGCCCCUGGAGCAGUACAAGUGUAACCUUUGUGGCUAUGUCUGUCACCACCUGCCCUCACUUAAAUCCCACAUGUGGCGCCAUGCAAGUGACCAGAGCUACAGCUAUGAAUUCACAAAUGAUGUCAUCAAUGCGGCUAUUGAUCAUGACACUCGUGUUGAGGCUGAAGGGGAGCCAGAUGAUCCUGAGCUCUUGGACAGGGUUAUCAAUUCUGAAAGGCGUAUUCUUGAGGGGGAGCUUAGCAAGUGUAAUAAAGGGGAUGGUCAGCGACCAAUUUGCUGGGUGACGUUUCGGUGCUGCAGCUGUGGCUUUGAAACGAUAAACAAAGCUAAACUAAACAUCCAUAUGCGUGCGCACUCUGACAUCAUUCAACAAGCUCUAGACCUUCAGAGAAAGUCAUUAUCACCUAAGAAUGCUGGAAAACGCUUGCUUUUGGCAGAUAACACUGCUCAACUUAAGGUAGCUAGAACAAAUGAAAUGGUGUAAUAAUUUCUGGAUUUAUCCUUUGCAGGGAAAAACCAAAUCAAAUACAUACUGUUGAUUUACAUAUAACAAGAAGAUGGCAUUUAAUUUCAAAUUUGACUAACUCUAAAGAUAUUGAAAGAAUGAGAAAACAAUUGAAAGGGAGGUCACUAAAAGUAAAAAAAAAAAAAACAACAAAAAACAACUAUUUGUUAGUUUUUUGUUUGUUUUUUAAGCAAUUUUUAGCUUUCUUCCAUUAUAAGACUUAUGUUGAUUUCAAUCUGUUGUAUGUUAGUCAAUGAAAGAUAGUCUGGCCAGUUAUUUAUUUAUUCUAAUUAGUAUGUACCAUACUAUUUGCCAGUAGAUUGUUUUGUUUUGUUUUGAUGACAUAGUUCACGACAAAAAAUUUAGUAUUGAUUGUUUACACAUAACUGGUAUAUUAUAUAUAUAUUAUGGUUAAUAUUAAAGCUUUAACUUUUAUUCAAUGUAUUCAAACUCUUUUUGACAUUGUCAUAAUUUUUUCCACAUGUACUGUAAUGUACUGCUAAAUGAUCUAAUAAAGUGUUAAGUAUUUGAAUGUAAAAGUUUGUAAAAUGGAUCAAACUAAUUGAUCUGAAAAUAAAAAUUUUAUAAUUGUUAUUUGAAAAAAACAACUUGCAACCCCCUUGCUGCUUACAUUGUAAUGGAAGAAAAGCCAUUUUUAUUAAUGCCAGCAAUUUUUUUUUUUAUUACUUUAUUUAUUAUUUUGUUACACAUUUUUGUGAUUUUCAUAUUUUUAAAUAUUACUAAUUGUUAACAUCUACAAAAACAGUACUGAGCAUUAUUAGAGUAUACAUUUUUAUGUGACCUUCUUGACUGUUUGACCUUUUCUGUGUGUGUGUGUGUGUGUAUGUGUUAUAAACUUCAAAAUGACAUGGCAGUAGAUAUUUUCAUUUUACAAUUUUGAUCUUCCUUUUCAUAAAAAGUAAAUAAUUGAAUCUCAGUGAAUGAUUACUAAGGCAGAUAGAUUGGGAUGUUUUUGUUGUGUCCAUAUGAGUGGUGGUUUUAUCAUCUCAGUCUUGGUGGGGGAAUUCAUGAUACAUUUCAUAGAUUUGUUUUCUCAAAUGACACUGUUCUUUGUUUUCUUUUGUCAACUGGGAGGUUCUGUCUACAAAGUGACAAUUUAGACAAAUAUAUGCUGUACUUGAAAAAAAAUAAUUGUGCACAAUUCUUUUUUUUUCCUGAUAAUUAUAUGACAAAGAUACGCAGAUGUGUUGUUUUUUGGGGCAAUCAUUACUUAUACUUGAGUUUAAAUUAUUUUUUUAAAAAGUAACUCUUUUUCAUUAUUGAAAACUAUUUUUUCUUAAUAUAAAAAAAAAAAACUAAAAAAUCCUAUCUUAUGCUAUUAAAUGUGGGGAAAAAAAUAAAAUUUUACUGUUUUAUAGAGAUAUACUAGCAAGAAAUAUAAUACUGAACCAGUAGAAUACUGAUGCAGUGUAUAUGACAACAUAUUACCACUAUUAAAAUACUUUUUCAGGCCUCUCUAAAUUAGGAUAGAGGAAUAAGAAGCUAAUGUCACUUUUAUAUUUAAAGAAAAAAAAAAGGAAUGAAAAAUGAUCCAGCAACUUAUGGAAUAGUCUUUAUCACUAAACUCACAUGUAAAAUACUAGCGUGAUUGAGAGGCUAAGUAUGCUUGGCUUGGCUACCUAUGAACGGGGCAUGAGGUUCGACACCUGACUGAAGCAGAGUUGUGUUUACUGGGCGCCUAAAGCACAGAAAACCUCCUCCCAGAUCCACCAUCCACUGGUCGACAAAUGAGAUUGGACCAUAGCGCUAUAUAAAAGCCAUAAAUUAUUUAACUAGCAACAUUUUCAACUAGAUAUUUCAGUCUCAAUCCCAUUUCUGUUCCUGACCAUUGACUGAGUAGAAAUUUAAACUAGAAAUAGCCUACAAUAACUAGAGUAUGUAACCAAUGUCUAUUUUCUAAAAAAUGCCUUUAUUAUCAGCUAAUAUAUGAAGAUGAACUGAAUCCGUUACAAUGAUUUUUUUUUCUGUAUUAGUUCUUGAGUGAAUAUGUUUAUUUAUAUGGUAACACAAGGUACUGGUAGUUCAUGCAAUCUUGACUGUAUUUUUUAUAUAAAAUUAUUCUUGCACUGCUAAAGACACAAGUGCAAAGAUUUCUCAGAAAGCCAUGGCCAAUUUGGUUAGGAAGUGUCUACUGCUAGCUUUAACAAACUAGCUACAAGUAGCAAGGGUAUGCAUUUUUCUAAGAUAAUUUUUUUUACAGCUGUCAGUUGCCAUCUAGUCAAUCCAAUAAGUUCUUUUUAGCAUAAUAUACUUUUUAUUUUGUUUUUGUUUUUCUACAAAUAUAUGUCUUAAAAUGCCAGCAACAUUUUUUGUUUCUAGAAUUUUAAUGUUAAAAUGUUGUAUUCUCUAUAAUCAUAUCUUAUUAAAAGAUUUUAUUCUUAUUUGUAAAUUACCCCAUUGAAACCUAAAGCUUAAGAUCUUGGAAUUUUGUAUAUUAAAGUGAUGUAAAUGUAAUGAGUGUCUGGAAGAUAGAUCAUAUCAAUGUUUUGCUGUAUUUAUUUAAUAUAUAGGCUACAUCCCAUGUUUUGUAUAAAACUUUGUAUAAUAUAAAAAGUCCUAACAUCUCUGUAUUUCUAUUAUAAUUGAUUGAAUAACAAGUGGCCAACAAUUUUGUAUCUACCUACUCAUAACCUCAACAAAUCUUAACUAAGUUUGAAAUAUUUCAAUGUUGAAAGUUAAAAUUGUUGUACAUGUAGAUGAAAACCAGAAAGUAGCUCAAAUAUUAUACCAGAUUUUUUUUUUUUUAAUCUAUAAUAAAAUUCUUUUUAUUUUCCCUUGUUUUUAAAAAACCUUGAACUAAUAAGAAAAAUUGCAAUAUUGUUUAUUAUAACUUGUUGAAAUGAUGUAUUUUUACCCCUGUAAAUAUUUUUUUUUUUUUUUAAUUAACGUUCCAUUUUAAACAAGAUCUGAAUAUAUUUUUUUUAUGAUGCAAUAUUUUGCAAAAUAUAAACUUAGAAUUUCAGUAAAGGUCUGAAAUAUGUUUAAGGUUCAGUUGUAAUUCAAUAGCUUGAAUAGCUUGAUCAGUUCCACUCAAUGUUUAUUACCUCCAAACUGGGGGUUUUAGUAAAGAAUCUAUCAGAAUACCAUUGGAAUCUUGGCAUCCUCAUGAUGGAAUGCCAAGAAAACAAGUUAAAAAUUACCAAAACAUUUUCCUGUUAAGAAACAUUUUUUAGAGAUUCUGAGAAAAGUAAAUAUUAUUGUGUCCCCUAAAAAGCUGCUUUCUUGCCAUUAUAAAAUAAUAUUAUGCUAAAUAACAGUUGUUGUUUUUUAUUUAACACUCAGUGAUUAAUGUUUAAAUUUUUGAAGAUGACAAUAGUCUUGAUUUUUUAAUUUUUUUGAAAAUUCUAUUACCUGUAUUUCAUUAGCAAACAUUUCUUUGUAUUUCCUGAUGGGAGAUGUUAGAUGUUUAACAAGUGUAAUAAUUAUGGUUUUCCAUGAAGAAGAAAAUGUACACAUUUGUUGAACCUUAUCCUCAGAAUUAGGUUCUAUGUUUUUAUAUACAUUAUUCAUUUCAUUUUUUUUUUUUAGAUCUGAUUUAUAAAGUAAUUAACUAUGUUGCUGAUUAUAGAAAAAUACUUCAUAAUAAGUUAGGUUAACAAUCAAAAUCCUUUUUAUUUGUGACCUUUCCCAUCAAUGUUGUAACAAUUUUAGUUCAUUAUUUAUAAUUAAUAUCCUUUAAUUAUUCAUUUAUAUGCUGUUAUAAUUAAUUGAUUUUUAUUAACGUUGGUUAUUGCCCUAGUUCAAAGUGUGUUCUUUUAAAAGUUGAUUUUUAAAAAUUCCAGAAUAAAUUGUGUGUGUGGACAA